AUGAGGGAGAGGCGCAAGCAGGCGGGAAUUGUGCUCGCAAUUCUACUACUACCAUGUUUGGUCGUGUCGCAGACAUAUGAUGCUAUUCCGAUCGGAUCGCCUCAUAUCAGGCCGCCGCCUUCGCCGAGAGCAGAGCAAAAUCAAUUUGCACGAGGAUACCAACCACCUCCUCGUCCUUCGACCUUCAACCCUCCGAGAAGUUUCCAUAGUCAGCAGCCAACGUACGACGCGGUUCCUGUUCAACGUCAAGGAUUUGUUCCUCCGGCAUUCCGACCGCCUUCGCUGAACCUUGACCAACGCAAUCGGAACAUUCAAGUUCCGUCGAACUGGCAGAUGCAGCAACUGCAACAACAGCAUCCGCAGAGAUUCAGCAAUAUACCUCCGGCACCUCUUCCUGCUCAAAUUCCGCGAGGAAGAUCCGGAGCUCCCGGUCAAAUUCCGCGAUUCCAAGUCAAUCCAGUGAAUAAUAUCAUCAUUCAUCUGUAUCUCAAUUCGAAGGAUCGUAUGUCACAUGCCGAGCUCAGAGCCCCAGUCCAUGGCCUCUUCGGAAUUGGAACGUCUCAUGGAGGUCCUGGUUCGCACGCAGAUCCUAUCAUCAUCACAAAGGAUUUCGAUCGUGACACUUUGGAAUUUAUUGAACCUCGGGAAGCCGACAAUAUGGUGAAAAAUGGACCAGCGAACAUCGUUGAGGUGAAGGCGAUAGUCAGCACUCCGAAUCGGCAAUUGGAGAACACCGUGAACAAAGCGGUUAAUAUGGAACUGAAUCGGGCGAUUCCGGUGGUAAUGGAUCGAAUGAAAGGAGCAAGUAUGGUGAGUUUGGACAAUGGGAUGAGAAAGGAGCUCGAAGAGGCGCUCGUUGAUGAGCUUGCAAGAAACCUCGGAGAGACAAUCGACAACACUGAUAUUAAUGAGGACGAUCUGUCGAAACUCAUUGAAGAAGGAUUUGAAGAAGUCGAAAAAGCUCAAACGGAAACUACGACGAGUCGCACAUUCCCAACAGCGACUACUACUAGAGCAACAACCACUACUACUGCUCCAACAACUCCAACGACAACCACUAGUAGAAGAACAACUUCUAGUACUACAACAACCACGAGAACGACGACAUCAUCAACGACUAGAACUCCGAGGCCAACCACUUUUACAACCCGUAGAACUACUACUACUGCUACGACGACGAGACGACCACCACCUCCGACAACAACUACAACUCGAAGAACUACCACUACGACAUCUCGUUCUCCGACUACUACUCAAGAUAUUAAUGAUGUCACCACGUCGACCGAUGAUUAUGAGUAUGAGGAGGAUAUUACAGAGCCACCCAAGAAGACUACUAUUGUUAUCACGAGUCCGACUACUUCUACUACCAGAGUUUGGACAACCAGACCUACUAGUACCACUAGAAGACCUUCGUCAACUUCAACAACAUAUUACACUGAUAGUUUGAUGACUACGAGAAGUUACGAGCAUGUUCAUGUGGUUCCUGGAUUCCGAGUUACGGAGCAGAUCGAAGAUUCUGAGGAGGAAGAUGUUGAGAUUGUCACAACACUGAAAUCGCGGCCAACCACAAGAGCAUACUACACUCCGGUUGCAGGGCAUCCUCAUCAUGGAGCUAUCAGUUUGGAUUCGGAAGAAGAUAAGAGUGGCGCAUCAGCUCCAACGCUCACCACUGCAAAUCCGGUUCUGAUUCAAAACCUUCCAACGAAGCCAUCGCUUCCGGAAUCAUCUCCAUCCACAUUCAGUCCGCCACUGCAAUCAGCCGACACCGAAUCAACGUACACAUUCACAAAUCCAAUAAUCACCACUUCACCAAUUGAAGUUCCGCCUAACACCCAAGUCACAGAAGUUCCAUUUUCGACAAACAGCGUUGAAUGGGUCUCAGAAGGAAGUGAGGAGCCAAAGAGCACUCUUCCGUCUUCAACAAAUGCUUCUUCGAAUUGGACGACACCAGCACCGCGUGUCGUCACCAAGUCUCAUCAGGAUACGUUCGCUGGAGCUGAGAUGAUGAAGCCUGGGGUGAAUAUUGAUGAGAUUCCGGUUAUUGAAACCACCACUGCCGAAUCAUUUGCACCUAGAUUAGUUACUGACAUAACCGAUCUCCAUCCAACAGUCGUCAUUGGGGAUUAUGAAGACGACGAUUAUUCAGAUGCCGAUGAGAUUGGAACGACGUUAGGCCCAACUGGAAGCACAGUUACUUCUAAAAUACUUAAACUGCUAACAGAUAGCAUUGAAAGUAGCAGCAUUUCGCCAGUUACGAUCAGUCCUUAUGAGGGCAGCACACCAGAAAAAACUACUGCUGCUUCGAAAGCUGUCACCGAUAAGCCGAGCAGUUCAACGAGUACUCCUGAAAUCCCAAGCAGCACACCAUUGACUAUGGUUGUCCACGAGUCAACUACAAUUAAUUUUGAAUCAACCAUUCCAUUUGAAAAAUCUGAAUCAACAACAGAAUCAGCUACAACCGAAUCUAUCGCUAAGUCAGUGACGAAGGUGACAACGGAACCAACAAUCGAAUCCACAACUGAAUCAACGACUCGAUCAACGACAGCAUCAGUCACUGGGGCUACUACAAAUCUGGACUCUACUACUUCUAGCAGAGUCGAGACAAUCACUGACUCAUCAACAAAUCCGAUCAGCACUACAGAAUCUAUCGAUUCAACUCAACUUGUCUCUAAGCUUCCAACAACUAGCGCUGCUAACGCUGUCACAACCACUACUAUUGCUAUCCCUGUCGAAACAAGUACCACGCAUAUUCUUUCAACUAUCAGCACAUUGCAUACCUCUUCCGAUGCCGAGACAUCAGUUAGCACUAAUAAUGCACAAGUAGAUCACAUGAAAUCGACACCAAAAUCGUCGUCUGAAGAAAUCCAACCGACUCUAAUUCGUCCCAAUGGACCAUGUCCGACUCCGAAUCAAUCAUGGGAUCGCAAUCGAACUGAUGUUUUGUUCCUGCUUGAUUCAUCGGAUUCAUUCAACGAAGUCAAAUUCCACCGAGCAAUUGAGCUCAUCAAGAAUACAGUGAAGCAUUUCAAUAACUUCGGUUCCGAUGGCUUGCAGGUUUCGUUGGUUCAAUACAACGAUGAUCCAUAUCUGGAGUUUUCUUUGAGGAAACACAAUUGCAAGAAGACACUGAUUGAUGAUAUCGAUGAUACGGAAUACAUGGCUGGAGGAUCGCAGCUCGGAAAGGCGCUCUCAAAAGUGUCGCAAUUCGCCUUCACCAAAAAAAGAGGAGAUCGUCCAGAUGCUGAAAACGUGUUGAUUAUUGUGACCGAUGGACAAUCGGAAGAUCGUGUUCAAAAACCAACAAGACUUGCUAAAGAAAACAAUGUUACAGUUCUUGUCAUCUCGACAAUCGAGGCUGAUAAGAGCUAUGUCAGCGAGUUGGCCGGCCAUCAAGCGAGUAAUCAGUUUGAUCUCGAUGUUGAUCCAAGUCACGAACUCUCAUGGAAGUUGGCUCGACGAAUCGCUGAUGUCUCAACAUCAUCGCAGACGAGCGUCGAACCAUCGUCACGCGAAGCGGAGAAGAAUGAUAUCGGCUCAUCUGCCUCUGAACCCGUUUUCCCCGCCAAGUCUAUCAAUCCGAACUCGCAUGAGAACGACGGAAUUGUGAAGCUUGAAUGUGUUUCGGAUGGAUUCAAAAUAACUGUGACACCACCAGAAGGCUUCCAUGGAAUCGCCGUGGUCAAGGGAUACCAGGAUGAUGCUCGCUGCAAGUCGACGGCGACAGCUGACGGAGAAGUGCACAUGUUCAUUUCGAAUUCGGAAUGCGGUGUGACUCAAUUGAAAUCGCAGCAACCGAACGGUCUCAACUCAUCGCUUGUGCUUCAUCUCCUCCAUGACAAACAGCUGAACACCGGUGAAGAUCGCGCUUAUCUCUUGCAGUGCUUCGUUGGAGUUCCGCAAGAUUCUGAAGUGUCGACGAAUCUCGACGUGAUUCGAAGUGAGCUCACAAUUGCUGAGACGAUUUCGCUGUCGACUCUUCCGCCAACGUGCACAUAUUCAAUUCGGAGGAAUGAGCCAGAUGGUCCGAUUGCGACGAAGGCAGUUGUCGGAGAAACCGUCUACCAUCGAUGGGAUUGCGAUGGAUCGAAUGAAACAACCAAUGCUUACGGAAUUCAAAUUCACAGUUGCUACGCCAGCGAUGAUGUCCAACGCAAAUUCGCGUUCGUUGAUCCCAGCGGAUGUUCUUCCGAUCUGGCGUUGCUCUCCGACCUCACUUAUGAUGAUUCGACACUCUCCGCUUACGCCGCAAGUCACGUAUUCAGUGUUCACAAUGCCGAAUCAUUGAAAUUCGUUUGCAAAUUGAGUUUGUGUACAAGAGAUGGUGAUGGAUGCGAGGGUGUCACGCCACCAAAUUGCGGAAACAACGCGAAUCGAUCUGAUUUGCUGUUGACUCGUCGACUAUUGAGAAAUCAAAAUUCCGCUGUCGACGAAGCUCUGACAUCGGCUCUUUCGACGAAAGUUGGACUGACGAACAACUCAGGAGAAGGUGUCGGAAAUGCGUUGAGCUCUCUCAUCGCCAACCAUUUCUUCUGGCUUCUCGCGAUCGCAGCGAUUGCGACUGUCAUCGUUAUUGCGGUGAUGUCGAGAAGGCACUCCGAUUCGGACACAGCGACGACGUGCUCGGACCCAACAUCGAUGUCAGAAUCACAGGACUUUGGCUCACCAGUGAUGUCGAUGCAUUCCGGCGAGAUCGGCCCAAAUCAACGAUUGUCGGAAUUCAUGCGAACGUUCGAUAGAAGUCGUUAUGUCUAG